UCUUCCGACAUGUCAUUUUAUUAAAAACCACUUUGCGUUGCGUAGUAGUCCAAUGGAAGUAUAAUUUCUAUGAAAACGACUCAAGAACACUAGAAUUUCCUUAUUUGUGUGCUACGACUCCCAUAGGGGAAAUGCCCGAACUUUGAUAAUGAAUGUUUGGCGCGUUGCAGUUGGCAGCAAUGUUGUUAUUUCUCUAGUUGCCACCAUUAUUAUUGUUAAUGUUUCGUGAUAAAAUGUUUGUUUGAUUUUUUAAUUCCAAUAAGUCGAUGUAAAUUUCUUUGAGUAUGUAAAUAUAUAACUUUUUGGAAUGUUUCAAUUAGUUAAAUAGUUAAUUAAAUUUUGGGUGUGUAUGUGACUUAUUUCGAGGACGCCGGCAUUUGUUGAAGCUGUUAGAAAAGUGAGAUAUUUCUCUCUGAUUUCUUAAAAUCCUCAAGCAUGAAUGUCAAUGACAUUUUCGAGAAUAUUAUUCCUAAAUCUAGCAUGGAGGUAGAACCACCAGCUGAUUCCGAAACUAUUGAGCCCUCUGUGACUAGUGAUACCCCCAAAGAAGCCCCAGAAGACACAUCAACGAGGGAAGAUCUAAACCAAGAACUUUUUGACACCAUUAUGGACACUUCUGACCAAAUUCCGAUUGAAAAAGACAACACAAAUGAAACAAUUGAGAGUAGCGAUAAAGUAGCCGUAGACCCAACACCACCUCCACUCGAUACUCAAAUUCCGGUUGAAAAAGAAAACACAAAUGAAACAAAUGAUAAAAUAGACUCAACGCCACCUCCAGUCAGUACUCAAACUACAGAGGAAAAUAGUAGUAUAUCUGAAGCUAUUGAGACACAGUCUGAUAAUAUAGAGAGUUGUGAUAAGUUAGAGGAGCAAGAAAUCGGAGAAAUGACAGCGGAUGUGAUUAAAGAAAUCGAAAAAAUUAAUGAAAAAAUGGACGUUGAUAACCCCGAAGAAAGCAACACUAUUGAAGAAGAGCACAAGGAUGUUAACACAAGUGAAGAGAGUGAAAAAACGUUAGACAGUUGUAUAGAAGAAGAAGAAAAAGACGAAUCUCAAGACGCAAAAAGUGAAGAUGAAACUGCUGACAAAUCCUUAGAAAAUGAAGAACAAACAAAUACUGUUGAAUAUAUAGCAUUCAAUGAAGGUGGGAUAUCAAGAGAACUUGAAGAAAUAAUGGAAAAAGAUGAUGAGUCUAACGAAAAUGAAGAUAAAGACAAUGAAGAAGGUUCAUUUGAAAACACGGAAGUAAAUACUGAAAUUGAAGAUGACGAUCAAAGAGAAAAACCCUUAUUUGAAAGGGUUAAUCUUGAUAAAGAAGAUAACGAUAAAGAAACAAACAAUAAGGACGAAUUGCUUGAGGAGGAUCCUAUUGCCUCUGAUGGGUUUAUUCCAGAAAAUCAAGAAGGGGCCGAUGAGGAGUUGUGUAUAAUCCCCGAUACUGAACGAGUCAUAUCACAGGAAGAAAAAGAAGCGGCUUUCUCAAUCCCGCCCCUGAGAGACAUAUCAGAAGCAAGUUCUUCGAACGAAAUUACUGAAGAUGGGGCCACAACUGUGCCCCCUGUACCACCCACUGAUGCCUCUUCCUCCACCAACAAGUUUAAAAUAUCAAAGUGUAACAAUGAGGAGCUCCAGACUUGUCUUCAGUGUGUCUUGAAACGUAAAGUCAAAUAUACCGUUACUAAAGACGACAACGUACAAUACAUUUGUCACGACAAUUGUUUAGACAAUUUUAAAGUUGACCAUGCGAAUAAUUAUGUUUUGACGUGGGAGGGCGAAAUCCGCGUAAAAGACUUAGCGACUAAUAGAGAGACUCCUAAGUUAUCCUUCGAGCGCAAAUGCGUCGUGUGUAAAAAGAAAACCGACGAUGAGGAAAACAAUCUAACUUGGGAAAUAAUGGACUUUUGUAACGAAUUUUGUUUAUCCAAGUAUCAGAAGGAAAUCGGUUCGAUUUGCGCGAGUUGUAAUUCCGAAGUUCGGCCGAAUUCUCUCGGGAAAUAUUGCGUACGUUUCGGCAAUGAUAUAAGACAGUUCUGUUCAAGUCACUGUCUUGAAGAGUACAAGAAAGGCCUCAAAGUUUGCUCAUACUGUCAACAAGACAUGUCGACCGAAUCUGACGGUUUUCUAGCACCUGUUGGCGACAAAGGCCAGUUUAAAGACUUUUGUUCGCAAAAAUGUAUGGAAAAUUACGACAUUAUGACCAAUAAUAAGCCACCAAAAGUCGAAGAAGGCACCAAAUGUUCGGUUUGUAAAACUGAUAAUCCAAUUACGAUCGAAUACGAGUCUGAUGGAGCGCCGAAUUAUUUCUGUAGCGAUAGAUGUUUUGUCGCUUUCAGUUUCGUUAAUAAUAUAGCACCGGGGAAAUGUUCAAUGUGUCGAAGAUACUUCCCUAAUGAAGUUUUAGAAAAAAACACUAUGUUUUAUGAUAAUGUUCAGUAUAGUUUUUGUUCGAAUAGUUGUCAAAAUAUUUACAUAAUAGCACAUCGGAAAAUAGUUCCAUGUGCGUGGUGUAAAGUCAAAAAAUAUAAUUUUGAUAUGAUUCGGAGAUACUUUAAAACAGGGCCUGUACUAAAUAUGUGUAGUAUAAACUGUCUUAGCUUAUUCCAAGUGUCAGUAAAUGCCGUACAUUCGAAAAAAACCAUUUGUAAUUUUUGUAACAAGCGUCAUCAACCAAUGUAUCACCUUACAAUGUCAGAUGCCACAAUUCGGAACUUUUGUUCAUAUUCGUGUGUAAUGUCGUUCCAAAACAAAUUUAAAAAAUCACCCAUUACACUUACCACUGAAGAUAUAUCAUACCCUGUGCCUGCCGGUGAACCUAAAAAAAAUAGGAAAUUUUCAAUCACCGAUUCUGCAAAGUCAAUCUCGCCACCCUUACCGGUGAUAAGUAGUGUCCAAAGUUUGGCCAAUAAAAAUGGAAACUACACAAGUAACCAAAAUAAUAAACGAGCAAAAACAAACUCGAACCAACAACACAUACUGAACUCAAACGUCGAACCUUCUGUUAAAGUGAAACAUCAUAUUAUUAUUAAAUCAUCGCCGACACCUGAUCAACGGAAUGUUGCUACAAUGUGCAAGUUGAGACAGCACCAUAAAAGUACAAGUAUUAGACCGAACAUGACCGAUAAGGCAAUGCAGACAGACCAACGUGAGGCCGAAAAAGUCUUAAUCCCGGUCCCCAUCCCUGUAUAUAUCCCAUCCCCGCUCCCGAUGUACUCAGUCCCAGCCCCGUACCCUCUCCCAUUCCCACUCCCAAUCCCAGUCCCGAUUUUCAUCCCAACGACUCGAAAUUCAGCCAAAGGGAUUAUGAAAGAAAUCAAGAAAAUCCAAGUCAAAAUCCCCACUGAUCCUUACGAGGCUGAACUCCUCAUGAUGGCUGAAAUGGUCGCUGGUGAUAAAAAAGAAGAAAACACUGACUCAGAAAGUGACGUUGAUGAAGCCGGUCCUGCUGAUGAGGGCACUUUUAGCCCCGAACCAGUCGAUGCUAGUAACACUUUCGGUGACGAUAUGUUACAAAUGGCACUUAAAAUGGCAACUGAGCUUGAAGAACCCGCUGUGGACCUUGAGGGGGCCCUCACUGCUAAUACCAUAACAGCCCCGCAAGGUAGCGAAACCACCACUGAGGAAACUGUUGAUGAUCCCCAACCGAUCAUGCAAAUGAAUGAAAGACAGUCAUUCAGGGGGCGUAAAAGGGGCGGUAGAGGCGGAAAAGGGGGUUCAGGCUCGAAACGUCGCAGGUUGUCACAACCUGCUGACCUACCGGUGAUACCCCCACAACCAGUAGCGCCACCUGAACCGGCCGAAAAACCCGACGCACAUCUUUGCCUUAAAUACACGUUUGGGGUUAAUGCGUGGAAACAAUGGGUGACUACGAAAAACACCGAAUUGGAGAAAUCGUCAAAGUUUGCGAAACCUUUCAAAACCGAAAUUUUGCAAUUAACUGCCGAUGAAUUAAAUUACUCGCUUUGUCUUUUUGUUAAAGAAGUGCGGAAACCCAACGGGGCUGAAUACGCCCCUGACACGAUUUAUUACCUGUGUUUAGGUAUUCAACAAUACUUAUUUGAAAAUGGACGAAUUGAUAAUAUUUUCUGCGACCCUUAUUACGAACAAUUCACUGAUAGUUUGGACGAAGUCGCUCGGAAAUUUUCAGUACUCUACAACGACUCUCAUUACAUUGUUACAAGAGUCGAAGAGGAGCACUUGUGGGAGAGUAAACAACUCGGUGCUCACUCCCCACAUGUCCUAUUGAGCACUUUGAUGUUUUUUAAUACGAAACAUUUCAAUCUUACUAGUGUACAGGAGCACAUGCAGUUGUCAUUUUCACACAUCAUGAAACACUGGAAGAGAAAUCCGAAUCAAGCAGGCGUGGCCCGAGUCCCAGGUUCGCGAAAUGUACUUUUACGGUUUUAUCCACCCCAAACAGCGAUGCAGAAUAACACGCGGAAGAAAAAGGUCUACGAGCAACAAGAGAACGACGAAAAUCCACUACGGUGUCCAGUUAAAUUGUACGAAUUUUACUUGUCGAAAUGUCCCGAAAGUGUUAAAACUCGCAAUGAUGUUUUUUAUUUACAACCGGAAAGAUCUUGUGUACCUGAUAGUCCUGUGUGGUAUUCAACAACAGCUCUACCGCAAGAAGCACUUGAAAAAAUGCUUCACCGGGUUAAGAUGGUCAAAGAGAUUAAUGUCGCACUUUUAACUAGUUAAGCAGUUUCAUAUUCAGUUUCGCUUAUUCAUUUGCAGGAGCAGUUUUUAUGUAGAUUUAACAUUAAAUAAAAUUAUUUUCUCUUUGUAUUAAAAAA